GUCACGCACACUCGCGACAGCCAGCCUCACGAUGCUACCGGCAUGCACUUGCUCUGCCCGAGUGUCUCAUCGUGCAAUACAGCGUGCAGCAUCAACCCGGCUGACCGAUGGCCCUUUGACACGAUUGCAAGUCAGGCGAACAUCGAGCAAAGAUACUCCGAGAGUUGUCCCCCAGACUGUUCGUCAGCUGCACGCAAGCGCGCGUUCGCAAUCUACGUAUGACGAUUUUGUGAACGUACUCUCCGAUGCGCCGCGGCCUGCGAUCAUCGUCGAAACAGCAUCAGAGGAGAAAGGCUUCAUGCUGUCGGAUGGUCUCACGCUACCCCAGGCAUGCAUCUUCCUCAACGGCUCGACGUUUCUAUGGGAUGUGCCUGAAGCGCCCCAAGACUUCACUUGGCAAGACUGGUCCAUUGAUCACUUCAAGAUAUUCGAAGUCGUUUCCCCUCGUCCAGAGAUACUCUUUCUGGGUACAGGCGCAAAGACGGCUCCUUCACCGCCAUGGCUGAGGAAAUACAUGACACACCUUGGCAUUCAGUUGGAUGUGCUCGAUUCGGCGAGUGCUCUGUCUCUGCCAGCCAGUAUCCACGGCUGACUACGGAUGGAAACGAGCAGAGCAAUGCUUGUGCGACGUUCAAUCUACUUGCCGAAGAGGGCAGACGCGUUGCGGGCGCUGUGCUGCCUCUCCGACCGAUGCCAUCACGACCG